UUAUGGGUGCCACCCCUCCGACCCGCCGUUUGCGCCUAAUGGAACACACAUGCACCUUCAGCCUGUAGGUGUGCAGCUGCGGCUCCCACACAAGCGAGAAAGGGGGCGCUGUUGCGGAAGAGAGACGGCGCGUGUGCGCGAGCUGCAGCCCAGAGAAAGAGAGACUGCUGAGAAAAUUCAGCUUUAGGGAAGAGAGACAGAGAGCUGCUGUUAUCAGCCUCCCCUCCUCCUAUCUGUCUUUCACACCCCACCCCCCUCUCUUUGGCUCUUUAAGCCUCUCCCACUAGUCAGUGCAAGGGAUUUUCUGAACCGGGAUAGACUGUAUUUCCUGCUUUCUGCGAGUAAUCUGGGGCAUGGGAGGCUGCUGCCGGGGGUAUGUACAGUACGCAGUAACACCAUUUGCCCCUUGUUCAUCGGAUCUGCUGUGUGAGACGUUGCUGAGGGAGCUGUGUGGUGGAGCAGCAGGCUGCCUGGUACUGUUCAACCAUCAAACACAAGAGGGGCUGACAAAAUGACAGAAGACAGCUCAGAGGUCCCCCGAGAGUUGCUAGAAAGCAUCCGGGAUGUUAUUGGAAGAAAAAUAAAGAUUGCUGUAAGGAAGAAAGUGAAACUUGAGCUCAAGGGAGAUAGAGUUGAAAAUAAAGUUCUGGUUCUGGCAUCAUGUCGCGCUUUUAUCCUGACCGCACGGGUUCCUACAAAGCUUGAACUAACCUUCAGUUACCUGGAAAUUCAAAGCAUGAUUUGCAGUAAACCUGGCCAUUUGGUGGUUGAAACUGAAAAAUGCAACUUGGCAAUGAAGAUGUCUUCCUCAGAAGAUAUAAAUGAAGUUGUAGCCCAUAUAGGCACAUGUCUUCGAAAGAUAUUUCCUGGAUUAUCACCAGUGAAAAUUAUAAAGAAGGUAACCAUGGAACCACCAGACAGGCUAGCAAAUCUGCAAGCUCUGUGGGACAGCCAGACUGUGACAGAAGUAGGCCCAUGUGGGGGGUUUUCACAGAUGUACGCCUGUGUCUGCGAUUGGCUAGGGUUGCCAUACAGAGAAGAAGUGCAAUGGGAUGUGGACACAAUAUAUUUAACACAAGAUACCAGGGAGUUAAACUUGCAAGACUUCAGCCAUCUCGAUCAUAGAGAUUUAAUACCUAUCGUUGCUGCCCUGGAAUACAAUCAAUGGUUUACAAAGCUAUCAUCGAAGGAUCUGAAACUGUCUACUGAUGUCUGUGAUCAGAUUUUGCGGGUGGUAAGCAAGUCCAAUCGGUUGGAAGAAUUGGUUCUAGAAAACGCAGGGCUCAGAAUAGAUUUUGCACAGAAACUGUCCAGCGCCCUUGCACAUAAUCCAAACUCAGGACUUCAUACUAUUAAUCUUGCAAGCAACCCCCUUGAGGAUAGAGGUGUGCAUUGCUUAAGUAUUCCUUUUGCCAAACUCCCUAAGGGACUGAAACAUUUAAACUUAUCCAGAACCUCAUUAUCACCUAAAGGGGUGAAUAGCCUCUCCCAGUCACUAAGUGCUAACCAGACGAUUGCAAGCAGCCUCACCCACCUUGACCUCUCAGGGAAUGUUCUGCGUGGGGAUGACCUUUCUUACCUGUACAAUUUUUUAGCCCAGCCAAAUGCCAUUGUAUACCUGGAUUUAUCAAACACCGAAUGUGCCAUUGACAUGGUAUGUGGAGCCCUUCUUCGCGGUGGCGUGCAGCAUCUUGCUCAGUUAAAUCUAUCAAGAACAGUUUUUUCUCACAGAAAAGGAAAAGAGAUUUCACCAUCAAUCAAGCAGUAUUUCAGCAGCUCACUUGCUCUGACACACAUCAACCUUUCAGGCACCAAGCUGUCUUCGGAACCCCUAAAGGCUCUAUUACUUGGGCUGGCAUGCAACCCUAAUCUGAAGGAGGUGUCUCUAGAUCUCAGCAACUGCGAGCUUGGUCACUGUUUAAGAUCAGCAGGAGCUCAAGUUUUAGAAGGCUGCAUAGCUGAAAUUCAUAACAUCUCAAGCCUUGAUAUUUCUGACAAUGGUUUAGAAUCAGACCUCUCAACCCUUGUCGUCUGGCUCAGUAAAAAUAGAUCAAUAAGGCACCUGGCUUUAGGAAAGAAUUUCAACAACAUGAAAUCCAAAAACCUUAUCCCUGUCCUGGACAACUUGGUACAUAUGAUACAAGAUGAAGAAUCGCCUUUGCAGUCACUUUCUUUGGCUGACUCUAAAUUGAAGACAGAUGUUACAGUUAUCAUAAAUGCCCUUGGUAGCAAUACGUCCCUGACCAAAGUAGAUAUUAGUGGAAAUGCCAUGGGGGAUAUGGGAGCCAAAAUGUUGGCCAAAGCUUUGCAAAUAAAUACCAAGCUAAGAACAGUGAUCUGGGAUAAGAAUAAUAUCACUGCCCAGGGAUUUCAGGAUAUUGCCGUAGCUUUAGAGAAGAACUAUACCUUGAGGUUUAUGCCCAUACCUAUGAAUGAUGCUUCCCAGGCUCUGAAGACUAACCCAGAAAAGACAGAAGAAGCCCUGCAAAAGAUAGAAAACCAUUUGCUGCGAAACCAUGAAACAAGAAAGUACCUACAGGAACAGGCAUAUCGGCUGCAACAAAGUAUUGUUACCAGUACUACACAACAGAUGAUUGACAGAAUAUGUGUCAAAGUUCAAGACCACCUGAACUCCUUGAGAAACUGCGGUGUAGAUUUUGUCAUAGAAGAUGUGAAGUCCGCAGAAAGAAUAAUGCGAGAUGCGAAGAAUUCAAAAACCCUUUUGCCAAACUUGUAUCAUCUUGGUGGAGCAGCAUGGGCUGGGGCCAACAGUCUACCCAUUCCAAUUCAAGAAACACUGGAAUCCAUGGCUGGGGAGGUCACCAGAGUGGUAGAUGAGCAGCUGAAAGACCUUCUUGAAUCAAUGGUUGAUGCAGCUGAGAGUCUGUGUCCAAAUGUUAUGAAAAAGUCCAACAUUCGCGAAGACCUUAUUCAAGCAAGCACUGAGAAAAUAUCCAUUCCUCGAAAUUUUGUAAAAAAUGUUUUGCUUGAACAAUCUGGAAUUGACAUCCUAAACAAAAUAAGUGAAGUGAAAUUGACCGUAGCAUCAUUCCUUUCUGACCGGAUUGUUGAUGAAAUCCUAGAUGCACUUUCAAAUAGCCAUCAUAAAUUGGCUGAUCAUCUGACCAAGCGCGGCAAGCCACUUCCACAUCAAGAUUCCAUGGAAAUAGAAACAGUUGAAGAAAGGCCAGCCAAGAGAUCCACUAUUACAAUAGAGGAUUUUAGUGAGAUGGACCGUCUUGAGGAUUUAGAUACAUGUAUGACUCUCUGCUGUAGAAGUAUGACGCCCAAGUCAAAGAGAAAGAGCAUUCACAGCAGAAUGCUUCGCCCAGUUUCCCGAGCUUUUGAGAUGGAAUUUGAUUUGGACAGAGCUCUAGUAGAUGUCCCAAUACAUAUUGAGGACCCUCCCAACCCAUCCAGCAGGCCAGACAAACGGACAUCUAGUGGGAUGGCAGAGCUACCCUCCGAAGAAAGCAAAAAAUUAGAACAUUUUACAAAACUACGUCCCAAAAGGAUGAAGAAGCAGCAACCAAGCAAAACCACACAGCUUGGUGCUGAAGCCCCCCCAGAUGGUGAACAGAAUGGACUCAUGGCCAGGGUGGAUGAAGGCGUAGAUGAGUUCUUCAGCAAGAAAGUCACUAAAAUGGAGUCAAAGAAACACUCCUUUAAAAGUUCAGAAUCGCAAGAUGCUGGCGAAUGGGAAGUAAAAAAGGGAAGAGAAUCUAGAAAGAGCGGCUUUCUCAAUUUAAUUAAAUCUAGAUCCAAGUCAGAGCGAUCACAGACCGUCAUGGUUACUGAGGAGCCCUCUUCACCCAAGGCCUCACUUAAAAGCCCUGCUCCUGAUACAACAAAGAAAGAGAAAGUGGCAGAGAGCAACGGAACAGUGAGUUCUAGUGCUAGUGCUGGCAGCAGCACGGAGAGAUCAGAAGAGGUGAAAACACCAGACUCUCUGGAGGAGAACCUUGAUGAUCUUACAAAGACCGAACGAACUGACAGCAAGAGUAGUCCACAAUCUGGAAGGCGGUAUGGAGUCCAAGUAAUGGGAAGUGGGCUGCUAGCUGAGAUGAAAGCUAAGCAGGAAAAAAGAGCAGCUAAUAAGAAAUUCGGAAACGAUGUUGGCAGCAAAGACACGUCCGAUGGUCUGAUCAUAACAGAAAAACUUGAAGGAAGUGGAGCAGUUCCCAAAUUCCAUCAGCCUUCCACAGAGAGCCGGUUUCCUUCAGCUAAAGGAGAAUCCGCUGCCUUAACUGCAGAUAAAAACUUGAAAACCGAAGUGAAACCAGAGGGUAGUGUAAGGUCCAAGAGUUCUUCCAGUACUCCAACUAGCCCAAAGCCACCCCUUCAGUCCACAAAGCCAGCCCUGUCAGCACGUCCCUCUGUGCCACAGAAGCCCAGAAGCAGCUCUCGCACCGAUGACGUACCAGAAUCUCCAUCUGCGCUGUGUUCCCCAAAAUCAGCCCUAAUUCCUCCAAUACUGAAGAGAGUCCCAUCAGACAAGGAGAGAGAUGGACAGAUGACUGCUUCUCCAGCUGCCAAACCAUUGCUAGAUGAAGCAGCACGACCCCCUUCCUCAUCGGAGGUAUCGCCAAAAAGGGGUCAGAGCCAAACUCCAACAGAGGGUCCAGAGCAGAAACCCAAGGCCUUAAGCAAAGAAGGGCAGCAACGAAGCAAAUCCUGUGACUCGGGAGAGGAAGUGGAUAAAGAGUUUGUUUUUAUAUAAUCAUUCCAAUAUAUAUAUAUAGAGAAAAAACAGUUUAGAUAUAUGUUUAUUUUAAAGUUUCAGUGUUUCUUAUCGUCAUUUGAUUUUGUCUUAUGUGUGUUCUCUACACUUGUUUCUCAUUGUUAAACUAGAUUUUUUUUUUUUUCCUGUACUUGAAUAUGUUUAACGUGAAUGUUUGAUAUUAGACCUGUCACACUUCCAGCAAUUAUACAACAAGCCCCUGCAUUCUCAUUCACCCAACUGCUGCCUGGGGAUUCUGGGGUUUUU